AAUGCUGAUUUAACUAUCAAAGUGGUUUUGAAGACAGAGAAAAUUACCCUUUUAAUGCCACACCCGAAAGCUAAGAACUUAUAGACUAAAAAAAGAAGAAGCCAUAUUCAGUUUCUCAAGGGAUCAUGGCUGAACUGAAAGGUAACAGCACCUUCUCUCUCAGGUAAACAAAAUAUGGAUGAGAUGCAACAAAUGGCAUUCUGAAAUUCUUAGGACAAAUGGUAGAAAUACCAGGUGGGUGUUCAUUUUUCUCUCAUACGCUCAAUUUUAAGGCCAUUUCAGAAAACAGCAAGGCCAUUUGUUAUUUGCCUUUACUUCUGAAGCCCAUCUUAAGAUCAGAGAAAGGUCCUAAUUCCAGCUACCCGGAAGAAACAAAUCUGCCACCUGAACUUGGCAGCAUCACAAGUGUUCAUUACCUACUUAAUUCCCUACCCACAAAGAAAGCCAAGGACUGUCCAGUAAACCUCUCCUUGCCCCAUUUUCGUCCUUCACUGCUUAACAGCAUAGCUGGAUGACAGCCUCUGAAAGCUGAUCUUGUCUGAUCUCAAAGGGGAAAAAAGUUAAGCAGAAUCAGACCAGAGCUGUAGGCUGAAGAAGGGGGGAAAAAUCCUAGAAUAUAUCGUUGCCAAGAAGAAAAAAAAAACGAUGCUUGUGUGUCAUGAAGCCACUGGCAGUUUAGUAGGACUGAAAGGAGGCUUAACUUUUAUCCACCUAUCGGCUUGUUCUCGGAACAGGGAAGUGGGAUCUCAAUAAUAAUAAUAAUAAUAAAAUCUCCUUUUGGAUGUGCAGAAGCUGAUCUACCGAUUGUGUAAGUCAAACGCUGCUUUGGUCGGAAUCUCAACGAUACGGGAUUGAUCGCGACUAUCGAAUAUUUGACUCUUCGCUCGCCGCUGGAACUACUGGCCGGAGCAGCAUUUAUUUCCGAGCGAAAUUGCAAAAAGAGAAGACCGCGGAAAGACCCCCGAGCAUUGCAAAGGAUGCCCUUUAGGCAGCGGGCACCACCUCGAAACGUUUCUUGUUUUUUGGGGGGUUUUUUUGCCUGCCGCCACCCGGGAGCAAACCCACGACUACAGGAAAGCGGAGAGAGCGGGACCGACUCCUGACGCCACGAUAUGCCUGAGAAGUUCACUGUUGUUUUGGUCCCAGCUCCAACAUCUGCUUCCUCCACGGGGAACGAGUUCCAUGUUUCAUCAGCCAAGCACAACAGCAUUUUGCACUGAUUGCUCCUUCCUCUCCACAUGGCCUUUCUACUACUGUCAGCAUACCUUCUGCUGACUCCUGCUCAGGCUGCUCCGGUGGAGAAUGGGGCUCUCGUGGAGACGCUGACAUCGCAAGUCCUCCUCAGCAAUAAGAGUGAACACUAUUUAGCACAAGUGAGACCUCCUGGCACAAGCAGACAAAUACCUCAGACGAUUAUCAUUGGCGUGCGUAAAGGAGGGACCAGGGCCUUACUUGAAAUGUUGGAUGUUCACCCAAACAUUGUGGUAGCAGCUACUGAAGUCCAUUUUUUUGACUGGGAUGAAAAUUACGUGAAAGGCAUAGACUGGUAUAGAAGCCUGAUGCCAUUUUCAUAUGAAAAUCAAAUCACUAUUGAGAAAACGCCAGGCUAUUUUACCUCGCCACAGGCUCCCGAAAGGAUUCACGAUAUGAAUAGUUCUAUUAAACUGCUGCUUAUUCUAAGAGACCCUACAGAGAGAGUUAUCUCUGAUUACACCCAAGUCUAUUACAAUAGGCUGGAAAACCACAAGCCUGUUCAGCCCUUUGAAGACAUUGUUAUAAAAAACGGAGCCCUUAAUACCAAAUACAAGGCUAUCCAGAGAAGUCUGUAUGACGUCCAUAUGGGGAGAUGGCUUAAAUAUUUCCACUUGGAUCAGAUUCACAUAGUUGAUGGGAAUACUUUGAUCAGAGACCCUCUUCCUGAAUUGCAAAAAGUGGAAAGAUUCCUUAAACUGCCUUCCAAAAUUUUGUCUUCAAAUUUUUAUUUUAACCAGACCAAGGGCUUCUAUUGCAUUAGGAGCGAUGGAAGAGAGAGAUGUUUGCAUGAAUCCAAAGGGCGCCCUCAUCCUGUGGUCAACAGUACGGUCCUAGAGCAACUUUACUCCUACUUCAGAGAGCACAAUGAAAAAUUUUAUAGAAUGAUUAAUCAUUCUUUUGACUGGCAUUAGUAACUCCGGUUUUGAAGAAAAGGGUUUCCUUGUAAACAGUCCUCAGAUAAAUUAUUUUCAAGUUCUUCCUCUUAAAUUCCGGGUUACAUUCAUUUUGAUAAGAAGAUGAUUAUUUUCCUCCCUGAGAGAGAGUCUAGGCAUGCAUUAGCAUGCUCAAGGAAAAUAGGCUUAACUUUGGCUUUUAAUUACCGGAAUAAACUUUGCACCAGCUUAAGUCCCCCGACUUCAGUGGAGUUAUGUCAGAACUACACUUACAUUGUCUGUUUUUAUUCAGAUUUAUGAACAAAAGAAGCUUCGCAGAAAACCACUUUAACUGAUGCUUUAAAAACUUAUAGCUGAAAUGUUAUUAUUCUACUUACAGGUUUUGUUGGCUGCUGUUAUUUUUCUAUCCAGCUCCAUGACAGUGGGACUGAUUUUUAGAUCUUUUCAUACUGUAAGAUAAUUAUAUAUUAGAAGAAAAGAUGACUUAGUAAUUCCAUUAUAUCAUUUUAUUUAUUCAGUGAAAUUAUAACUGUAAAGUAUAUGCCAUUUAAAUAUCAAAAGUGAGUUUAAACAGUUUUGGUUUAUGUUAUGGGUCCCUCUAUGUAGAAUAUUUGUAAUCGGUAACACAGUUAUUAUUCACAUAGGUUUAAAACAAAAUAACAAUUAUUAAGCUUUUAAUAUUCCCAAUUGAAGCAAGAAGGCUCUAAAGUAACACAUUAUACACAGUAGACAUCAGGAAUUUUUAAGCUAUAUUCUUAGACAUCAUAUCAAUUAUGUAAUCAUAUAAUCAUAUAAAUUAUGAUUAGAUGAUUAAUCAUAUAAAUUGUAUGAGCCACCCUUCAUAAAUGCAUAAUUAUUAGUCUUGUUUGUAUUUUGUAAUCACUUGUUCCAAUAGUUUAUUAAUUAAUGGUGUUAAUUUGGCACAUUUAUGAGAAAAAAAUUGCCUGCUCUCCAAAGUGUGGAAUAAUUUUUGUAAUAUCUAUUUGAAGACCAGAUGUAUUCAAGUGCAUAGUAACUUCAUGUGGUACUGUAUACUAUACACACAAUAUUCAAAAUAAUCAAGUAUGGGUUUCUGAUUUAUCUAUAAAACUAUAAAAUCUA